GGUGGUAGUCUUGUUUCGAACUCGUUGGCGAUCAUGACGGUAUCAAGCGCGUUAUUAUCAGUGGUGGCAGUGCUUCUGCUGAUCGGUCAUAGCCAUGGCCAACAGAAGGAAACGUUCAAAUUGUGCGUUCCGCAUCAGAUCAUGGACGCGUGUCAGGAUCUGAUGGCCAAACCGGAUGCGGCCAUCCAGGUUCAGUGCAUUGCCGGCCGCGAUCGUAUGGAGUGUCUGGAGAAGGUCAAGGCCCGGGAAGCGGACUUUGUGGCCGUUGAUCCGGAAGACAUGUACGUCGCCUAUCAUAUGGCCAAUCAGGACUUUAGCGUGUUCACCGAGUUCCGCACGCUGGAGGAACCGAAGGCCGAGUUCCGUUACGAGGGCAUCAUUCUGGUCCGCAAGAGCGACAACUUCCGCAGUCUGGCUGAUCUCAGGGGUAAGAAGUCCUGUCAUACGGGAUAUGGAAGGAACGUCGGCUAUAAAAUCCCGAUCACGAAACUGAAGUCGGCGGGAGUGUUCAAACUGGCCACUGAUUCGGAACUGUCUCCGCUCGAGAAAGAACUGAAGGGACUGUCCGACCUGUUCGGAAGUGCGUGCUUGGUUGGAAAGUACUCUCCGAACGAUGAAGUGAACCGAUUGCUCAAGAAACGUUACUCGAACUUGUGUGCUCUGUGCGAACGACCGGAAGUAUGUGACUACCCGGACAAGUAUUCCGGAUAUGAUGGAGCGAUCCGAUGUUUGGUAGAGAACAACGGCGAUGUGGCGUUUACUAAGGUCAUCUACGUGAACAAGUACUUCGGUCUUCCGGUAGGAGGCGCCCCAGCCAAACCAGCCCUGAAUCCAAAUGCGCGUACCGAAGACUACGUCUACCUAUGUGAAGACGGCUCAACUCGCCCGAUCACCGGACCGGCCUGCUCGUGGGCUCAACGACCUUGGCAGGGAUACAUGGGCAACGGCGACAUCAACAGCCGUUUCCAGCGUCUGCAGCAGCGCCUCCAGCAAUUCUACCAGGAUGCCAAAAACUCAGCCGACACUGACAAGGCCCUCAAGAUGUGGGUCGAUCGCAAGAACGUUCUGGUUGAUCGCGAAGUUCCGGUACAACCUGGAGAUCAUCUGAACCGCGCCCAGUACAAGGACGUGAUCGAGCGCGACGGUCCGUUCCAGAACAAGAUCAAACUGUGCGUAACUUCCCUGAUCGAGCUGAACAAGUGCGAAGUCAUGCAGAAGGCUGCCUACUCUCGUGAUGUUCGUCCGGCCUUUGAAUGUGUCAUGAAAGGCAAGGGUAGUUGCGUUGAAGCUGUUCGCCGCGGGGAAGCCGACGUCGUUGUGCUGAAGGGCGAAGAUCAACCCGCAACAUCCACCAGCGAUCUUAAGGCGAUUCUGUUCGAAAAGUAUGACGAUAAUGACGUGAUGGUCGCUGUCGCCGACAAGGAUAUCACUCGCGAUCAGGAUCUGAAGGCUCCACUGGAAUUCGACGCAUCGGACUCGCGUGCCGUAUCUGCAGCCCUGUUCUUUAACGACAAGCGCCAGCAGAAGACCUGCCCCAACAAGCUCGCCUCGUCACAGGGUGCCCCGAUCCGGAUCGUGUCCGCCCAGGACCUGACCAGGCUAGGAGCGAACAAGCGGCUGAUCUGCCCGAACCUGGAGCUGCAGGCGAUUGGAAACUAUCAGGCGUGCAACGUGGACUACACCAUGCCGACGGGAAUCUACGUGCGGAAGGACAUCACCGGCCAGCUGGAGGAUAACAUUGCGCACGCUUUCGUGGCGCUGUCGGAUAAGUUUGGACACGGAGCCAAAAACGAAGUGGUGUUCGAGAUGUUCGGCGAGUUCAAAGCGGGAGAGAAGAAUGUUCUGUUCCAUGAUAGGGCCGCCAAGUUUGGAGUGGCCGGCAACAAGAUCGGCGAGGUGGACCCGGCCAACUAUCGGCGGUUGAUGUGCUUGUAGAUAACUAAGUGAUAACAGUCAGGGAAAUAUCACCUUUCUGGGUAUGAUGUUAGUACUCUCAAUGAUGUUAGUACUCUCAAUCAGUAGAUUUAGACUAAACUCCUUGAAAAUAUAGACAGUUUGCAGAGAAA